AAAAAAAAAAGUAAGGAAACAGUUUUACUUUACUCUUAAUUAAUCCAUUUUCAUUUUGAGACAGAACCAUCAAAAAAUGGCAGUACCUGUGAUGAGUAGAAAAAAAGCUCUGAUCAGUCUACCGUCAGUACUAACGGCGUUAAGUAUACACUUAGUGAUUGUCGCAGGCGAGUAUUUCAAGCCGUUUAAUGUCACUUACGAUCAUCGUGCUCUUAUCAUCGGCGGUAAACGCCGUAUUCUUAUCUCUAUUAUUCACUAUCCACGUGCUACACCUGAGAUGUGGCCUAAAUUGAUAGCUAGGAGCAAAGAAGGCGGUGCAGAUGUCAUUGAGACUUAUACAUUUUGGAAUGGUCAUGAGCCAGUGAGAGGACAGUAUAACUUCGAAGGAAGAUAUGAUAUUGUCAAGUUCGCAAAGCUAGUCGGGUCUCAUGGACUAUAUCUCUUUCUUCGAAUAGGUCCAUAUGCUUGUGCAGAAUGGAAUUUCGGGGGCUUUCCAGUAUGGCUUCGUGAUAAACCUGGAAUAGAAUUUCGAACGGAUAAUGCACCAUUCAAGGAGGAGAUGGAGCGCUAUGUUAAAAAGAUAGUUGAUCUUAUGAUAGCUGAGUCACUCUUUUCGUGGCAAGGUGGUCCGAUCAUUUUGUUGCAGAUUGAAAAUGAAUAUGGAAAUAUUGAAAGCUCAUUUGGUCCCAAGGGGAAGACAUAUAUGAAGUGGGCUGCUGAAAUGGCUGUUGGUCUUGGCGCUGGUGUUCCAUGGGUCAUGUGCAGGCAAACUGAUGCUCCAGAAUACAUCAUAGAUACUUGCAAUGCCUACUACUGUGAUGCGUUCAGGCCAAAUUCUGAGAAGAAACCGAAAAUUUGGACUGAGAAUUGGGAUGGAUGGUUUGCAGACUGGGGAGAAAGACUCCCACAUAGGCCUUCCGAGGAUAUUGCAUUUGCGAUUGCUCGUUUCUUUCAGCGUGGGGGCAGCCUGCAGAACUAUUAUAUGUAUUUUGGUGGGACAAACUUUGGCCGGACUGCAGGAGGCCCAACUCAAAUCACUAGCUAUGAUUAUGAUGCUCCACUUGAUGAAUAUGGACUACUACGUCAACCUAAAUGGGGCCAUUUGAAGGAUCUGCAUGCUGCUAUCAAGCUUUGUGAACCCGCUCUUGUCGCUGCUGAUUCUCCUCAGUAUAUUAAACUGGGACCAAAACAAGAGGCACAUGUCUAUCGUGGAAUUCCCCACAUCAAUGGCCAAUAUCUGUCCUUGAAUGAAAGCAUAUGCGCUGCAUUUAUUGCCAAUAUUGAUGAACAUGAAUCAGCAGCUGUGAAAUUUUAUGGUCACGAGUACACUUUAUCUCCAUGGUCAGUGAGUAUUCUGCCAGAUUGCAGAAACACAGCUUUCAACACAGCUAAGGUGGGGGCACAAACUUCAAUCAAAACAGUGGGCUCUGAUUCUGUUUCAUUUGGGAAUAAUUCUUUGUUUCCACAAUUAAUUAUUAAAAGCAAACUCGAAAGUAUUUCACAAUCUUGGAUGACACUGAAGGAGCCACUUGGAGUGUGGGGUGACAGAAAUUUCACUUCUAAAGGGAUACUGGAGCAUCUGAAUGUGACAAAAGACCAGUCUGAUUACUUGUGGUAUCUGACCAGGUAUUUCAACUUAUAAAUGCAGUUGGGAUCAG